CUCUGAAAGCGUUUUAGCUUUCCAAACGCAGUUCUCGAGAUGCAGCCGGCACUAGGACCUGCCUGGAGCCUCUACGCCCCAGCCUGUACAGAACGGGUAAAUACAGCCCGGCCCACCGGCUGCGGGCGGCACAGCUGCGCUGCCGCCGAGGAGCCCCCGCACCCCGACCCCCGGCGCGGAGGGGCCGGGGACCUUGGGCUGCCCAUGCUCCAGCUCUGCAAGGUCACGGCCUCCCUGUUCCUCGGCACGGCCAGGGCAGCCUGCGACGAGGAGCUGCUGUCGCGGGAGGGGGUCACCUUCUGCAUCAAUGUCACCAGGCAGCAGCCGUUCCCCGGCCUCCCGCGGGUGCGCGGCAUUCGCGUGCCCGUGUUCGACGACCCGGCCGAGGACCUGUACCGGUACUUCGAGCCGUGCGGCAACGCCAUCGAGGAGGCCGUGCGGGGCGGGGGGAAGUGCCUGGUGUACUGCAAGAACGGCCGCAGCCGGUCGGCUGCCAUUUGCACGGCUUAUCUGAUGAGACACCGGCAGCUCCCGCUCAAGGACGCGUUUGAGGCUGUGAAGGCUGCCAGACCUGUAGCAGAACCUAACGCAGGAUUUUGGUCUCAGCUGCAGAGAUAUGAAGAAGAUUUGCAGAUACUAAAGCAGCCAGGUCCACUGAGCAAAGGACUUAAAACUAGCAAUGUGUGAAGAUGCUUUAAACAGAGUGAAGUUUCUACAGAUUAAAAAAAAAAAAAAAGGAAAAAAAUACCUUCCUGAAUCACCUCUGCAUAAAAUGCCUGAUGGUUCAUUCAGCACAUUUCUGUUGAAGGUGCAUGGAAACAGGGUGCAUGGAAGCAGGGAGAAACUACAGAAACAGAACAUGGUUGGAAGGAUUGUUAAACAAAGCAGAGGAAGGCAUGGAAACUUCAGCAGUUAUUUUCCACUGAAUACGAUAACGAUGUACUGAACGAGUGAAGGAGUUACCACACAGCAGUUUUACUCUUGGUUGUUAAUUAAAUUUCCCAGUGAUGCCACUGGAAGACCUGAUGCCAGACCAAGGAAGUUCUGAAUUCCUGUCUCACCUGCUGGAUAUUAAUUCAUAAUUCAUGUUCAUGAGCUGACACAACUUUUGGUGGGAAACUAACACUGGCUGAUGUUUAGUCUGCCAUUUUCCUUCCGUUCAACGAGACCAAAGCACCUUCAUAAAAUUACCUAAAAAUCCAGAGGACAGAAUGUACAGAUGAUGGGAAGGAGUUCAGCUCCCAACAUGCAAGUUAAGUGCCUUUUCAGCUUUUGAAAUUAUUGUCUAAAACACCAAAGGAAUGAUUUAAAAAACAACAGUUGAUAGUGGGGGGAAGAAGAUGACACUGGCAAUUUAGAAGUAAUCUUCACCCUUUUUAGCUUUACUUACUAAGUCUGACAAGAUCUGUCAGUGCCCAACACAUGCCUUAAUGUGCCAGUUUACAAGUCAGCUGUACCUGCAUCCAAGCAACUUGGCUAAAUCAUUUCUGCUAAGACUGCUUGCAGGUUGCUCUCUGAAAUUAUCUAUUGGGACAUCAAGAAAACUGCAUGAAACUUCUAAAUCAGACUACUAUAUGUUUAUCGUAAGACAUUAGAACUACAGAGAAACACCAAAGUAUUUUGUCAAACUGUAUGAAUACAUCUGUAAUUUAAAAGGGACAAGUUAUGAAACCUAUGAACCUGCAGGGUGAAAUUCCAUUUCAUGUUGCUUAAAGCGUAAAUAUAAAAUAAAAUUAGCUCAUCACCA